AUGCAGGCCAACCUCACGAGCCUGGUGCGGCGCGCGCGCAUUCCUCAAGAGCCGACGGCGCUCGUGUUUACCUCGGACGGCGGCGUCCGGGCGGCGCAGGACGGCGACGAGGAGGACCGGGUCAUCGAGAUCACGACGUCGCACGACAUGCUUCCUGUGCCGGAGGACUCGCCGCUCCGAACAUGGGGCGCCUUCAGUCUGGUAGGCUAUUGGCUCGCCGAGGCUUUCGGCAUCUCUCAGUACCAGGUCGCCUCGUCCGCCGUGUCUGCCGGCCUGUCGCCCGGCGCGACCAUCGGCGCCGUCCUUCUCGGCCACUUCGUCAUCUCCCUCGCCACCGCAGCGACGGGCUAUAUCGGCUGUCGCUAUGGAAUAAACUACCCGACCUUGGCUCGGACGGCCUUUGGCGUUCACGGCACAUACGUCGCCGUCAUCUGCCGGGCCGUCGCUGCUAUCAUCUGGUUCGGGACGCAGACCUACCAGGGCGGUCAAUGCGUCCAAGUGAUGCUCACCGCGAUCUGGCCCUCGUUCGCGCGGUUCCCCAACCACCUUCCCGAGUCGGCCCACGUCACCUCGAGCAUGCUCCUGUGCUUCUUCAUCUUCUACCUCAUCCAGCUCCCUCUCCUCUGGAUCCACAUCUCCAAGCUCAAGUACCUGUUCGCUGUCAAGAUCGUCAUCAUGCCCAUCUUCGGCAUCACGCUCUUUGGCUGGGCAGUCGGUCGCGCGCACGGGUUCGGCCCCGUCUUCUCGAAGCCGACGCUCAUCAAGGACGGUCGGCCGGCGGGCGUCGUCUUCAUGAGCGCCUUCACCUCCGCGAUCGGCCCGAAAGCGACUCUGGCCCUCAAUGUCUGCGACUUUACGCGCUACGCCAAGAGCCGCCGCACCGUCGUCUGGUCCAACAUCUUCUCGCUCACGUUCCUCGUGACUCUAUGCGCCAUCCUGGGUGUCGUCGUCACGUCGGCGACCGAGACCAUCUAUGGAAAGGCGACCUGGAACCCGCUUCAAGUCUCGAGCCUCAUGGACUCGAGGGCUGCCCAGUUCUUUAGCGCCCUGCCCUGGGCGCUCAGCGUCCUCGCCACCAACAUCUCUGCCAACUCGACGGCGGUCGGCAACGACCUCAUGGUCAUGCUGCCCAAGUAUAUCAACAUUCGUCGCGGUCAGUACAUCACGGCGCUUCUCGGUCUCGUGACAUGCCCUUGGAUUAUCCAGAACUCGGCCAAGACGUUCACGAGCUUCCUCGGGGGGUACACGAUCUUCCUCGCCCCAAUCGGCGGCAUCCUGUACGCCGAGUACUACGUCCUCCGCCACCGCCAGCUGUCGCUCCCCGACCUGUUCGUCACGCACCGAUCGUGCUACUGGUACACUGGCGGCUUCAACUGGCGGGCCCUCGUCGCGUUCGCGCUCGGCGUCGUCCCAAGCCUGCCCGGCUUCAUCCGCAGCAUCAACGCCUCGCUCGGGAUCCCGUUCGCCGCCGUCUACGUGUACUCGGCCGUCUACCCGGUCGGCGUCGUCGUCGCUGGCGGCAUCUACCUCGUGCUGUCGUACGCGUUCCCGCCGGCGGCGCUGCCGUCGACGUUCUCGGCGCUCGACUACGCCGACUCGCUCGGCGGCAAGACGACGCACGGUUCGGCGGCGGCCGACGACAAGGAGAAGGAGCUCGGCGUCGACAGCGCCGUCGUCGCUGCAUGA